AUGGCCCUCAAGCGCAUCAACAAGGAACUCACAGACUUGGGACGUGAUCCCCCCUCUUCUUGCUCUGCUGGUCCCAUAGGAGACGAUCUGUUUCACUGGCAAGCUACGAUCAUGGGGCCCGAGGGCAGUCCCUACGCUGGCGGUGUCUUCUUCCUCGCCAUACAUUUCCCAACAGACUACCCUUUCAAGCCACCAAAGGUCAACUUCACCACGCCUGUGUACCACCCAAAUAUCAACUCAAACGGCAGCAUCUGCCUCGACAUCCUGAGAGACCAGUGGAGUCCCGCUCUCACCAUAUCAAAGGUCCUUCUCUCGAUCUGCUCGAUGCUCACAGACCCCAACCCAGACGACCCGCUCGUUCCAGAGAUAGCUCAUCUGUACAAGAAGAAGGACGGAGAAUAUGAGAGAAUCGCCGCCGAGUGGACACGCAAACAUGCUAUUGGUUGA